AUGGUCCACUUAUUCAGCCCCCAAAUUGUACUCUCUGCCCUCCUGGCAUUCAUUCGCGAUGCACCUUCAUCAAGCUCGUCCGCCACGAGCGCUGGAUACUCGCUCCAUUUCGAUAUAACUAACGGCUGGGCAAAUCUCAGUCCUUAUAAGGAAGCAGAUGGGUUCGGUGUCCCGAAAGGUGUGCCACGUGGGUGCGAACUAUCGCAAGUUCAUAUUUUACAUAGACAUGCCGAGCGGUAUCCCGAAUCUUCCUGGUUCGAUGGAGAGGGGAUGGAAACAUUUAACAGGAAGCUGAAGAGCUAUAGUAGCGAACACAAUGUCUCUGUUGGUAUAGGACCUUUGGCCUUUUUGAAGAAUUGGAAGUACCUUCUUGGUCGUGAUAUUUUGCUUGCCACGGGUACUGCAACAGAGGCAGUCUCUGGGGCGGAGAUAUGGUCAAAGUAUGGACGAAUGGUGUAUCGAGCGCCGCCUGGAAUGGCAGUCUGGGAUCCGGAGUUGAAUGUGUAUCCAAAUGGAACUCGCAGAGCGACGCCAACUUUUAGAUCGACGAAUAAACAGAGAGUGUUGGAGAGUGCGAAGUGGUGGUUAACUGGUUUUUUCGGGCCCGGCCAUGGCAAUACCUCUUACAAUCUCGUGGUAAUUCCCGAGGGCAACGGUUUGAACAAUACACUCGCUGCCGAACAUUCCUGCCCAGGUGACUUGAAAGAAGGAACACAUGCUUCAGAGACAUUCGUCCCCAGAAUGGUUAAAGAUCCUCUCGCUAGACUAUCGAAGUAUUUCCCAGACGACUUUGAUUUGACAACUUCCGAUGUGCUGGCAAUGAUGAACUUUUGCCCUUAUGAAUAUGCAACGCUGGGUAGCUCAUCAUUCUGUGAUCUCUUUAGCGAACAAGAAUGGCUCGACUUUGCCUAUAACCUCGAUUUGCGUCUUUACGGCACCUCUGCGUUUGGCUCCCCUACGGGACGGGCCCAAGGUAUCGGCUAUCUCCUCGAGCUUUCCGCCAGGCUCGAGAGAAAAUUAAUAGAUUCAAGCGAUACCAGUAUCAACACGACCUAUGAUAAUCACUCCGCCACCUUUCCAGUACACCAACCCCUGUACAUGGACAUGACGCAUGAUAAAGUUAUUAUCGGUACCAUUACUGCGCUGGGGCUCCAGUACUUCAAUUAUGGACCAAAGGGUAUGCCUUCAAACGUAUCCCACGCCGUCCCGCGGAAGUUUCAGUUAAACAAGGUGGCGCCUUUCGGAGCACGCCUAAUCUCCGAAAUCUGGACCUGUCCCGAAGAGGCGAGCAUCGAGGUGUUAGAUAAAACUCUUUAUGCGAAUCCAGAUCUGUCCGAUACCAAAAGCACGACUGACUUUAUCCGGUUUGUGUUGAAUGCCCUGGAUUGGACAUGUCCUCGUUAA